ACACUACUACACAAUUUUGAUUUUUCACUAUACUGUGCUUUUUAAUAUUUUUCCUACUCUAUGAUACUGUGUGAUGAACUGAUGAACGUGGCUUAAGGUUUAAUAAGGAAUUCGAUGUAUUAUGGUUUUCUUAGCAACCGAAAAUAAAUAAUUGUCUAAAAUGUCCGACGCAAUAGUGCCUAAAGGUCAGCCUGUGCCUGGCGAUCCAGAGAAAAAGGGAUGGCUUUUCAAGUGGACGAACUAUCUAAAAGGAUAUCAGCGGAGAUGGUUCGUGUUGUCAAAUGGAUUAUUAUCAUAUUACAGAAAUCAAGCAGAAAUGGCACAUACAUGUCGAGGCACAAUUUCACUACUGGGGGCAUUGAUCCACACUGCAGAUUCAUGUACAUUUGUGAUUAGCAACGGUGGAACCCAAACUUUCCACAUACGUGCCCAUGACGAGGUUGAGCGACAGAGCUGGGUUACGGCAUUAGAAUUGGCUAAAGCAAAAGCUAUCCGUGCCCAAGAAUCCGACGAUGACGAGGAACAGAUGGCAUCAGGACCGACUCCUGGGGGUGGAACUGAGGGUGAAAGCGAAGAUGCGGGGGGUAUAGCCCGCGAACUCGCAGCGCGGUUUCAUGAUCUACGUACGUGUUCCGAGCUUGUUGCAAGACAUGGGGCGGCACUGCAGCGGUCUCUCGUUGACUUAGAGAUACCUCCCACUGACACGACAAAGCAAGUCUCCGAAAGGGCAACUUUGUUUAGGAUAUCUUGCAAUGCGAUGAUGAAUGCUUGUUCGGAGUUCAUGAGCGCGGCGAGCGCGUCGAGUGCGCGCAUGAGCCGUGCACUGCAACACGAGCGCGAGCAGAAGACGAGGCUGCAGGAGGUGGUGGAGCAGCUCGCGCGCCAGCACGACAACCUCGAGAAGACCGUCACCGCGCGCAGCACGCCGCACGCCGGAGGCAACGGAUCUGGACAAGGAAACGACACAGAGGAUGAAGAUCAUGAAUUCUUCGACGCAAUGGAAGAGGAAGUCUCCUCGGCAAUGGAGGAUAAGACCUCUUUUGUAAUUAAAGUGCCUGUAAAUAGGAAAAAUAAAGUUAAAAGUGGAGAAAGUUCUGAUGAAUCUGAAGGUGAAACUGUGACUGAAACUCAACAAGUGAUAUUUGUGGAAGACAAGGAAAGGGCAGAAAAUACAAUGGGUGGAGCGGAGGCAGCUACCAUCAGCAAAUCUGAGGAUAACAAGGACCAACAGGAUAUUAAAAUAUGGCCGCACGUGUCGCAGGUGACGGGCACGCUGAACGGCCGGCCGCGCCGCACGCGCGUGCCCGACAAGCCCAACUACCCGCUGUCGCUGUGGUCCAUCAUGAAGAACUGCAUCGGCAAGGAGCUAUCGAAGAUCCCCAUCCCGGUGAACUUCAGCGAGCCGCUGUCGAUGCUGCAGCGGCUGACGGAGGACUACGAGUACUCGUCGGUGCUGGACCAGGCGGCCGCGUGCGGCGACCCCGCGCAGCAGCUCGCCUACGUCGCCGCCUUCACCGUGUCCGCCUACGCCACCACGGCCUGCAGGACAACCAAACCAUUCAACCCGCUCCUGGGGGAGACGUACGAGUGUGACCGCAUGUCUGACCUAGGGUGGCGUUCUAUAUCGGAACAGGUAUCCCACCACCCGCCGAUGGUGGCUCAGUUCUGCGAGGGCGCGGCCGGCUGGCAGUGCUGGCAGGAGUUCACCAUGACCACCAAGUUCAGGGGGAAGUACCUGCAGGUCAUACCCCUGGGCGGCGCCUUCGCGCAGUUCACUAGCUCGGGCAACAAGUACACGUGGAGGAAGGUGACGACGACAGUGCAUAACAUAAUCGUCGGCAAGCUGUGGGUGGACAACCACGGUGACAUGGACAUCGUGGGCGAGGCGGGCCCGGCGGCCGGCUACGUGGCGCACCUCAAGUACCUGCCCUACGGGUACUUCAGCAAGGACGCGCAGCGCAAGGUCACCGGCGUCAUCAAGGACCCGCAGGGCGUGCCGCGCUACGUGCUGCAGGGCCACUGGGACUCGCGCGUGGAGGUGGCGCCCGUGACGUCGGCGUCGCCCGACAACACGGUGUGCAAGACGGGCAAGUUCGUGGCCGCCUGGGAGCGCGUGCCCGCCCCGCCCGACGCCGACAAGUUCUACAACUUCACGGUGCUGGCGGCGCAGCUGAACGAGCCCGAGGAGGGCGUGGCGCCCACCGACUCGCGGCUGCGGCCCGACCAGCGGCUCAUGGAGGAGGGGCUGUGGGACGAGGCCAACGCGGAGAAGCUGCGCCUGGAGGAGAAGCAGCGCGCCGCGCGCCGCGAGCUGGAGGCGGAGGCGGAGCGCGCGGCGGCGCGCGGGCUGGCCCCGCCCCCGCCGCGCGCGCCCGCCUGGUUCGCGCGCCAGGCCGCGCCCGGCCAGCCGCACCUGCGCCACCUCUACACGCACCGCUACUGGGACGCCAAGCGCCGCGCCGACUGGGCCGCCUGCCCCGACAUCUUCUAGCGCCGGUCUGCUCGUGCUCGGCUCCUUCUCUGUAAUCAUUCACUUACACUUCGUAUACUACUUGAGAGAUCGUCGUCCCGAACAUUUGUUUUUUCUUUCAAAUGUAAGUAACGAUCCACUACUAUUUUAACUCUGCUUAUUAUGUGGUUAACUUUUCAAAGUCGGCAGAAAAUUACACAAUUGUAUCACCUCAUGUUAUGAGUUUUUAUAACCGAAGAUGUCCUCGUAACAAAACUGACUAUUUUUGUAUACUGUGCGAACGUAAACUUUUUUUUUAUGUAUUAAAUAAAAUACACGUAAAAAAUGACAUUAUUCUAGGACUUUAAGCAUAUUUAAAUAUAUGUUGAUUAACCUAGACGACUAACUUUUAAUUUGGAUACGAUAUCAUAUUAAAAACUAAUAUAUUAAGUUGAAAAUUUGUUUUCUUUUUAGCAAAUUGUUAAUCUCACUUGGGCCUCAUUCGUAUGAAAAUGGGAGACAGUUUGGGCCUAGAUAUAGUUGUAUAUACUACAAAAGCGAGUACAACUAGAUCGUCCGAGUUACAAAGAUAUUGACAACGAAAGUAUUUAUUUAUUACCCUUCACAAGAUUAAUUUUUGUAUUUGUAUUUUUUUACCGUCAUCCUGUAAAUAAUUAUAUACGACCUCGAAUGACGUUGCAGUGUGUAUAUUGUGAUUUUUCAAACGUUAAAAUAGUGCACGAAAUUCUCAUGUAAAUAUUAUUAUUUAUAAUAUUUUAUAAUAACUUUUUGCUACUUCUACGCUUGAUUUAAACUUCAAGUUAUAAAAAUACAUACAAUAUAAAUACAUCGUGAAGUAUUUAAAUUUGAUAUUUAAUAUGCAUAAAACUAGGUAAUAGUAAACUAUGCGGUGCUACUUACAUUUUAAUAGCACGCCUUUCCAUUAAUAAAUACAUUAGAAAGUAAUAUAGUCAGCACCGAAGAAUGGUUAGAAAUCAGUAAUAAUUAGAUUUUAAUAGGCCACUUGUAAUAAGCUUUUUAAAAUCAUUGCAUAAAAGGCCAAUAUUAAAAUAUCAUUUAUUUAAAAUAUUAAAAGGUACCAUUUAGUCAGUUGUCUUUCAUGUAUUUAGAUUUUUGAUUUUAUCUUAUGAACUACAUAACUACGGUCUAUUUAUACUUGUAUCGAGAAGUCCACUUUUAUAUACGAUUUAAUUUUUUUUUUUCUAAAAUAUUUAAAUUUUGUUACGACGUAAUUUUUUUUUUUUUUUUUUUUAGAGUGGUAAUGCAAAGCAUAAAGUUUAAUUAAAAGAAAAUUGCUCUAGCGUCCUUAAUGUAACACUUUGACCGUGAGUAAAAUCUUUACUGGUCAGUGAAACGAGUAUUACUAAACCUUGUUGCUACAUGGCGCCUCAUUUUGUAAUGAAUGUACAAUGCGUGCAUAGGAGCAAUUGAUUAUUUUGUAAGUGUUAAAAUUGACUUAAGUUGAUACCAAUCUCGCCAGCAGCCGGAAGAUACUGGAAUAUUGUUAUCAAUUUGCAUGAAUAUUUUAUAAGAUCUAUAACAAAUUGUACAUUUUCAUAAAGUGGAUGUAAAAUAAUUUGUUAAUAUAUUAUCAUUAUAAAAAUAUUUGAAUACAAAGCCAUAACAUCUGUAUAAUGUUGAUAAUAAAAAUAAUAUACGUCGCA